AGGCAGCCUGUGUUAACCCUUGAGGCGCCACAGUUUUUUCAAUAAAAUAUUCAAUUUUGAUAUCACUUUUUCAAAAGGUUGUAACUUGAAAAUGAUUAGAGAUAAAGGCAUACUGUAAAUGAGUAAAAUCAUCAGUAUGAUCCAAAGUUUGUGAUGGGAGUAAGUUCACUCAUCUAAUUUGCAUAUCAUGACGUCACCAGGCGGCGGACAUAUGGAUUACAUAACUUUCACAGAUGUUUAUCGAUCAAGAUGGCGUCUGUCUGUUUAUCUGUGCACAACAUUACUCAAAAACAGACCAACAGAUUUGGAUGAAAUUUUCAGGGAAGAUCAGAAAUGACACAAGGACCAAGUGAUUAGAUUUGGGCAGUGAUGUACAUUAAAGUCUGGAGCCAUGGAUUUGUUAAAAAUUUCUGUGUCAUUGCAAGAUAGUGGGAUGGCGUCACUGUAACUAUGACAACAAGUGAACGCUAUGCUCUCUUGUAUAAUGUGUACAUUGUAAGCAUGAGAUAAAAAAUACAACAGCUGAACAAAUAUACAACUUACAACAAAGGAUAAGGUUGGAGUUGAGAAAGGGUGGACAGGACACCACAUGAAAAUGUUUGAUUAACUGUUUUGACUGAUGCAUGUAGAGAAGAACCGGUUGUAUGAAUCAGCAUGAACUGCAUCUGCUUUUCGAACCAAAAAUGUUUGCAUGCCAGACGCGCAAAAUGAAAACUCGUGCACACCCAGGAGCUGUCACAUGAGACACACUGCAUACUGAUGAAGACACAGAUAUGAAUUUAUCAUCAGUGGUGAGAAUAUGGAAUGAAGAGAACAGAAUCGGGAGGAGGAUUGUCUCUGAUGCACACUGAUUGGUCAAUGUCUUGAAGAUAACAUUUCAUUUUAGAGUAAGUUUUUUGAUCAUUCUCUUUGACAGGUCAGUGAAGAGGCUGACAGGAAAGUCGGGAGAAGAGACCUGCAGCAAAGGGCCGAGAGCUGGAAUCAAACCCAGGCUGCUGUGUCACUGAGUAUAGCCCCUGUUCAUGGGUCGUCCUCUCAACCUGUUGAGCCAUGUGGGCGAACCUUUGAAAAUAACAUUUCUGAUGCAAUCUCUGUUGAACUUCAAAGAAACAGGAAAUAUUACUAGACAGCAGCUGAGUGUGUUGUUUGAAGGUAGAGCCCUGAGCAGAACCAUGCGUUUUUCUUGUGAUUUCUGCAGCCUUCUUUAAUUCAACAACUUAUCUUCUGAUUACAAGCUGUGUUAAAAACAUGACUGAUAUGUGAAUUAUUUACAAAUACUGUUUUUACUACUUCACUGCUCUGUUGUUACUGGCAGCUGCUCAAUUGCACAUUGUCCAGAGUUCAAGAACAAACACAAAGAAAUUCUCGCCUACGUGAACAAUCGGCUCCUUUUUUUUUUCCUUGACUCAUAGAUCUUUGGUGAUAACACUAAAAUGGGAUGGGACUAAAUUCCACCAAUCCGGAUGUGAUGGGCUGGAGCUUGGAAUAAAACCAGCCUUCUGUGUAUUUCAGUUCCACUUCUCACUUCGUUCACCAGCCACAACAUUUUCUGUCUUCUGUCUUCUGUUGCACUUCACUCUGAAACCAUGGCCAAGGACAUGACUCUGCUGUGGGGCUCCAGCUCUCCUCCCUGCUGGAGGAUCCAGAUCAUGCUGGAGGAGAAGCAGCUGCAGGGCUACAACCAAAAACUGCUCUCCUUUGAGAAAAUGGAGCACAAAUCCCAGGAAGUCCUGGACAUGAACCCCAGAGGUCAGCUUCCUGCGUUCAAAUGUGGGAACCAUAUCCUGAAUGAGUCCUACGCCGCCUGCUUUUUCCUGGAGAAUCAGUACAAGUCCCAGGGAACCAAGCUGAUCCCCGACUCCCCUGAUGCACAAGCGCUGAUGUACCAGCGCAUGUUUGAGGUUUUAACCCUCCACCAGAAAAUGGUGUGCGUUAUCUACUACAACUACAUGGUCCCAGAGGGGGAGAGACACGACUCUGCAAUUCAGAGAAAUAAGGAGGCUCUGACAGCUGAGCUCAAGCUGUGGGAGGGAUACCUGAAUAAAACGGACUGUUACCUGACAGGAAAAGAAUUCACACUGGCUGAUGUGCUUGUUUUUCCCGUCAUUGCUUAUAUAUUCCACUCUGGGUUAUGUAGUGAGCGUUACCCUGCACUGGCAAAAUACUACAACAGUUUGAAGGACAGACCCAGCAUCAAAGCCACCUGGCCUCCUACCUGGCAGAGCACCCCCGCACAGGACACACUGAAAACUGUCUGAGAUCCAAAUCCUCCUCAGCAGACACACUAACUGUUUCUGUUGUGAUUUGAUAUGUUACCACUCCUUGCAUUCCACUCCUUUUUGUUUAAAAACUACUUUACAAACUACGCUUUGCUUCUGCUAUGAAGAGCAAUUUUCAACCAUCAUUUGUUUGUGAUUCUAAAUUCAAAAUAUUCUUAUUGUGCUGCAAACAAAAGCAAUAAAAAAAGAGAAUUUCAA